AUGUUUGCUUCCCACACUCAACCGUCGGCGGAGCCAAAAACCGACUACUUUGCCGGCUGGUUGGGUGAAUCGCAGCUUGACCUUCAAUGCAGCCUUCAAGGUCGUCAGCCUGCGGACUCCAUCAAUUUGGCUAUUGGUGGCCCCUGUGAUAUCCUCAGUCUGCCGCAGUCUUUUGGGUAA